UAGUGGGCGGGUCCGGUGCGGGGACACGGCGAGCAAGGAUGACUAAAAAGAAGCGGGAGAAUCUCGGCGUCGCUCAGGAGAUUGAUGGGCUAGAGGAGAAGCUGUCUCAGUGUCGGAAGGACCUAGAGGCUGUGACCUCCCAGCUCUACAGGGCAGAGCUGAGUCCUGAGGACAGAGAAGGAGCUAAAGCGGCUUCGGCAAGAGAAUCGGAAGAACAUGCUCCUCUCGGUGGCCAUCUUCCUCCUCCUCGCUCUACUCUAUGCCCACUGGACUAUGUGAGUUAG